UUGUUGACAAAGGCCGCCCGCUAUGCAGUGCUGGUGCUCGGCACUCGACGCGUAUCUGUCCGCUUUGGUAGGGUAGACCCGAGUCCCGACACCAGGAAGCUGAAGUUAAAAAAGAACUGUGAGGAGCAGACAGACAGGAGGCCACGGAAACCAGCAAGAGUCAGCGAUGGGUGCACCGAAAGAAGGGAUUCACAAUCCUAUCAGACCCAUAAAUCCCAGCCAAAGAGCCAGUCCAGCAGCCUUCACCGCUAUGACAAAGUGCGAGAUGGCUCAUCGGAUCCCAUGCCCCCAUACAAGAUGCCCCGCCGGUCCGACGAGAGUCCCGUUAGCAGACACGGAGAGGGCGCCGGACAUGGCAAGGCCAAAGCCUCUUACGCUGUCAGAGGAAAAAACGGGACCAGCAGCUCUCCGAUGGAGACCUCUCACAACAACAGCUCCCACCAUGGCGCCGACUCUCAUGGGCCUCAGAGCAAACCUGCAGACAGGGAUCCAGCAGACGACUGGACGGAGCACAUCAGCUCCUCUGGCAAGAAGUACUACUACAACUGCAGAACCGAGGUGUCCCAGUGGGAGAAGCCCAAGGAUCUGCUGGAGAGGGAACAACGGCAGAAAGACCCGGCUAAGGCGGCGGCCAACAGUUUCCCCAAGGACAUGGACUACCGGCAGGAGUCCCUGCAGGACAAAGCCGCAGCCAAGACGGCGUCAGGGGACCAAUCCGCCACAUCAUCCAACUCCGGCCAUUCCUCCACUCCCUCCUCCUCUCAGAGCCUAAGCUCAUCAGCCGCCGCCGCCCCGGGCCCCGCCCCCUCCAACGCAUCCUCGUCGACGCCGUCGUCCUCGUCGUCCGGCGCCGCGGCCGCCGGCUCCUCCUCCUCAUCUUCGGGGCAGGGCCCCCCAUCCGGGCAGUCGCCGUCGCCCGCUCUGCUCCAGGACCCCGCCAUCCUGCACCAGCUGCUGCCCGCGCUGCAGGCCACGCUGCAGAUGAACAACGGCAACAUGGACAUGGCCAAGCUCAACGAGGUCCUGGCCGCCGCGGUGACCCAGGCCUCCCUGCGCUCUGUGCUGCAUAAGCUCCUCGCCGCCGGACCGGCUUUCAACAUCACCGCUCUGCUGUCGGCCGCUCAACACUCCAACCAGGCCCAGCACUCCAGUCAGUCUCCGGUCUCUCUGACGACGGAGGCGUCCUCCCCCCGGCCGUACGUCUCGCCGCGGAACGGCACCCCCCAGAACAGCCAGAAGUCCCUGCUGGGCAUGCACGCCAGCAGCAUGGCGUCCUCGCAAAGCAGGGGCAGCAUGUCGUCAGGGAAACAAGGAGCGCCGUCCUCGUCUCAGGCCGCCGAAAAGCGCCCCGAAGACCCGAGGACGCUCCAGCAGAGAAGCAGCCAGGAGGCGCUGUGCGCAGGAUCAAACGCAUCCGGCUCGGCGAUGCCCCACGCGCCCCCCGGCGGCACCGGCCAGACCCAGUCGGACCCCCCCGGCUCCUUCACUCCCACCCUGGCAGCUCAUUUCGACGAAAACCUGAUCCGACAUAUCCAGGGGUGGCCCUCCGAGAGCACCGAGAAGCAGGCGGCCCGGCUGCGAGAGGACUUCCACAACAUGGGCAGCCUGUACAUGUCCGAAAUCUGCACAGAGAUGAAGAACCUGCGCUCCCUGGUGCGAGUCUGCGAGAUCCAGGCCACGCUGAGGGAGCAGAGAAUCCUGUUUCUGAGGCAGCAGAGCAAAGAGCUGGACAAACUGAAGAAUCAGAACUCCUACAUGGUGUGAGGGGCCGGGCAGGAAAAGGACUGGGGGGCGGCCGGACCGGGUCAAUCAGCAGAUCGAGAAUAAACACGGACUUGCCCGGAGCCUGUUUGUUCGUUGCACUGCCAGAAGAUGGCAGCCGAUGGCAGUCUCCCGUUUUUUUUUGUUUUUUUUUUGCUGUUUUUUUUUUUUCUCCUUUUAUUUUGAAAUUAGUUUUCCAGCGUCCGCCGGACGAACCGCUUUCUCCGACAGGCCAAACUGAGCGGACCCACAGCUCUUUGCAUAAAAGGCACCUUCUCGGACCAUGAACCUUGGAUUGUGUGUAUUGUGUUGGAAUAACUUGUUUUUUCUGGUGUGUUUUGAUGUGUAGUGACGAGGACGAGAUCCGAAGCGAACUCGAAACACCUUCUAACCGGUGCGACAGAUCAGACUUUGUCUCGCAUCCAAAUGUUUGGAUUCUUCGGCAGUGAUGUUACUGUUUUUUUUUCUUUUUUUUCUCAAAUUCAGCAUACUUGUAAAUCAUUUCAACAUCCCUGUCUAACUUCAAAGCUAGUUGCUUUUACUCGUCACGGGGGGUUAGCUAGCUGGCUGCUUAAUACGCUUCUGUUGUUUUAGUCCCAGUUGAUAGGACAGCGCUCGGGGGUUUCAUCGGUACAGACUCACCGGAAGUUGGACGUCCCAAAGCCACUGGAAGAAAAAAAUAUAGAUUUUUUUUUUUUGUUUUUGUUUUUUUUGGACCUAGGUUGGCUGCUAACACACUUGAGGCUGUAUUCACUCAUAGCCCCGUCAACACUUUUUCUCAUUCCUUCUGCAAUUUUAACAUUAAAAAAAAAAGAAAAAGGAAAAAAAAAAGAUUUCAAAUAUUUCGUUUCUCAUUCAGAAAACAUUGCAUUCCUUUCAUUCUGCUUGGCAAGAGGAUUUUGUAAAAGAAGAGAAAAGCGGCCGAGUUUCAAGUCACAAAAGGCUAAGUUAUUGUUGCACAUGGUUUCUGAUGUCCUUGUGGUCAUAAUCGAGACCAAUGGGAAGAAAUGUAAAAAUAUUUCUGAAAGGAAACUUGUGUUUUGUUGUUUUUUUUGUUUUGCAGAAUUUGGUUCAGCUGUAGCUGCUCCGGCCCUUUUAAUUUGAAAGGGUUUCGCUUACGAUACGAGGGAAUACUUUUUAUAUCAACAACACAUUUAACCACAGUUGUACACUCUAGCGCUUAUAGAGCAAAGCUUCUUUAUCUCUCUCACGCUCCUAAACCUCUCAAUAGUUUCCAUUGGAUCUGAUGUGCGCACUCUGUUUCUUUUUUUUUUUUCUUUUUUUUUGGGGGGGGGUGGGAAGGGUCAGGUUGGUCAGGAUUGGGUUUGG